CUCAUAUAAAUAUCUAUAAAAAUGGGAGUGUGGGAAAUUAUAUUUUUGUUUCAACUCUUUGUAUGACACAAUGCCUUUAUUAUGGGACAGUUUCCCAAAUAUAUUCAACCCUUUCUCAGCCUACAUUUGAAAUAUUGUACAUUGGCAUAAUCAUUCUUGUUAGCGGUAAAAUCAGGAUCUUUAUUUAUUUCUCUUAAUAUUACGAACUCCUUUUCUAGUUGUAAAGGGUGCCUUAUUUUAUCCCAGACUUUCAUUGUAUUUUUAACCCAGAUGUUAUCAAAUCGUUUUUCCAAUGAAUAAGUCUUUGAGCAAAAAGGAAACGUUUUUAUAAAGCUUUAUCUGUCCAUAAUUCAACUAACCUUCACUUACCUGUAGCUUGAGAGCUGUCACUCAACCAGGUUCUUAUGCCUUGAAUUUGAGCUGCAAAAUAAUAAUUUUUAAGGUUAGGGUGAGCAAGCUCCCUGAUCUCAAUUGAAGUACCUCUUGGCUUUUUACCAUUUCGUAUAAAUCGAUUUAGCAUUCUAUCCCAUUUUUCAAACAGUCAUAUUAAUAUAUAAAGGUAAUGCUGGAAACAAAAACAAUGCACUCUUUCUUGGGUGUUGCAAAAGAGUGCAUGGUGCUAUUGUUAUAGAAGUGGCAACAGUAUUUUCUGUUGCUAUGGGGUAAUUUCCCCCUCCUUUCAAGUUGCCUGAGAGACACAGGAAAACAAUUCUGUGCAGUGAACAGUCUGGCUAGGACAGCAGCAAGAUGUAGAGCAGAGAACACCACGACUGUUUUGUGUCUUGUUGUGAUACAGGUAAAACAUAUAGUCAGCUUACUUCUUUACAAUCUCUGUAAAUACUAGAAAGUCCUGUUGGAAAAGGCAGCCAGCUCUCCAGCAACUGUGAGAAGUGGGCAUUCGGGAUGGAGCGUGUGGUGGUGCUGGGGGCUGAGGAGGAGCCUGGGUGUGAUGUGGCCCUCGCGCUGCUUCGGGAUGGCGGUUUCCACGUGUGCGUAGCUGUAUCAGACCCUGGCUCCCCGCAAGCACAGAAGCUGGGGUGCGCUGGAGCACAAGUCCUGCCUUUCCACUUAAACAGCACAACAGGCCUUCAGGGGGCGCUUUCCGGGGCUCAAAAGUGCUUUUUCGCGACCAAAACCGAUUUCACCAAGGUGGACCCACUCCAGAGUGAGAUCUCACAGGGAUAUUUGAUAGCAGAUGCUUGUAAGCAGCAUGGCAUCAGUCAUGUGGUGUUUGAGGGGGGUCAGCACGUGCAGAGACGUUUUGGGUUCCCCAUGCGGUCGAUGGAUGCCAAGGCUUGCAUUGGAGACUACAUGGCUGAAAUCGGCCUGCGAAAAACCCAGGUUCUCAUACCCUUCCUGUAUGAGAGCUUCCUCACAACAUUCUCUCCCAAACCUGCUGGACCAAACCUUUAUAAAAUUGACAUCCCAAUGGGAGAAACACCCAUGGACAGCAUCAGCCUCAGUGAUGUAGGCCCCGUGGUCACGGCUAUACUGAAGAACUCACACAGGUGGGCGGGCAAAAGCUGCCUCCUGUCUGCGGACCGACUGCCAGUCCAGGAGUACGCAGAGACGCUCACUAAGCACCUGGCCCCCAGGGUCUUUCAGGACUCCAGGAUUUCACAGAAAAUGUUUGUGGAGAGCUUCAAGGGAGAAGCUGGGCAGGAUAUUGGCAACAUGUUUGAAUUCUGGAGAAAAGACCCUCAGAGGAGAAAUGCUGCAGAAAUGUUUGAGCUACUUUCAGGCACAAAAAAAUUCUCCCAAUGGGUCACGGCAAACAGGGAUUCCAUCAUCAAUGCUCUGGAAAAGUGACAGACAGUCCUGCUAUUUUAAUGAGAUCAAAAUUAAUUUCUUUCUUUCUAGCAAGUAAAUGGAAUGUUCACGCCAUUUUGAGACUUGUUACCAUAAUAUGAGAAGAAAUGUCCAAUAAUAUUGUUACUGUAUUACUCCAUGAGAAUUAGCAUCUGCUCGUGAGCUGCUGAAAGUGGUACAGAGAUGUUUUAUCUACAUACUAUCUACAAACUAGCCUAUUACUACAAACUACUGAUCCAAAAUCUGUUCUGGGCAAAUGUUGUGUUUGUGAAAUAUUGUGAAAUAAUAAUGUAGUGGUGUUUUAAAAAUCCCUAUUGAACAUUUCUUGAUAUAAUUUUGAUGAUUAUAGUGGAUUACAUUCAUUAGUUCCCUUUCCUCAAUAAUUCUUGUUGAAAAAAUUACAAAAUGUUUUUACUACUGGGACAUGGUCAACAAUGAGUUUUAUGGUAACCAGUCUUUGAUGCAGUAAGUGAAGCCUGGGUUAAAAUACACCAUUACCGAAGCACAUUAUGAAAUUAAGUUAAAUGUGUUCAUAUAUACUGCUU